GAUGAUGCGUUCACGCGCGAUCGUGAUUUAAUGUUUCGUGUGUGUCACUAUGUUCUAAUACACGUGCUAUACAACCUGUUUGGAUUUUUUACCAGCGAGAGAUUUUAUACAUUAUCUUCAUAUAGUGUAGGAACACAAAAAAUUGAAGCAGUAGGAUUUCGUAUUUUAGCCAAGUUUAUAUCGUUAAGGUGUCUUGAGUGUAAAAUGAAGAAACAAAAUAGAUUGAUUAUAAUAAUAAAAACGUUAUUCAAGUGGAUUAACACGGGACAGAAAAUAGCGCCGAUUCAGAAAAAUAAAAAGAUACCACGUGUAAAAUCUGAUAAUAUGGCUCUUAUAAUCGAAGAUAUGGAUCUCGAGAAGCAGUAUUCCCCAAGCAGAUGGUCAACAAGAUUUAAUACAGCACAAGAAGUGCUGCAGCACCAUGUGGCUUUUGUAACAGCAGCGAGCGAGGCUGCCGUCAACAAUAUACCACAUAAAUUAGAAAUCGAAUACGGCUCUACUCCCGGACAAAAAUUGGAUAUUUUGGGAACGGACCUUCCAGACGACGCUCCAAUCUUGGUAUUUGUUCACGGUGGCUAUUGGCAGGAACUCUCCCGGGAAGUGUCCCGGUACCCAGCUCUGCCCCUGUACCGAUCCAGAAUCAAGACAAUCGUGGUCGGCUAUGAUCUCUGUCCUGCAGCCACUCUGCCGGAAAUCGUCAAUCAAAUAGAAAAGGCAGCUAAAUUUGUAUUUGAAUAUGCUGAGAAAAUGGGUUCUAGAGGUAUAUAUUUCGCUGGUCACUCGGCCGGUGCUCAUCUAGUCGCCAAGCUGUUAUCUAACGCCGAUUUCUUAGAUAACACACCAGGGACACAGCGCUUGCAAGCAGCUUUCCUCGUCUCCGGCAUAUACGAUUUAAGAGAACUGAUUCACACUUCAGUAAACGAGGCAGUGCAAUUGCCGCGUGAGUGGGCAGCGCCAUUGUCCCCUCAAUUUGACUGUUACACACACUUGCAAGUGCGAAAAACUAGAGUAUACAUAUUAGCAGGCCAAAACGACAGUCCCAAAUUCAAAAAGCAAUCGAGAGAGUUCUUUGAACUGCUACACAACAGUUGUCUGAUGCAAAAUAUGUAUUUAGAGAUAAAAGAUGACUUGGACCAUUUCGACAUUGUCGAGUGUUUCGCUAACGACGACAAUUAUCUCAAGAAUCUGAUGGUGCACGACGUUCGUAAACAUUUAUAAAGUGCUUGUCGUUUGUUAUUACUACAUUGUACAUUUAGACUAAGUCCAUUCUUUUAUAGCGCGUUUAUAUAAAAGAGCUGAUUUUAUCUUACAAUUGAAUUAAUCUAUUUUAUACAGGUAGACAAUGUUACUGUGGAAUGCGAAUAAAGCUCGAAUAGUAGAAUCGCUAGAUAAUAUUUUAAGCUAAAAACUAACUAGCUACUACUGGAAGCGGUUAAAAAAAUGUGUAAUUGAUAUCAAAAGAAACGAAUGAUAAUAUUAUACGUUAAUAUUAUAGCUAUGAAUAUAAACGGCACUGAAAUUUUUAUACCUACUUUAAAUAUUAUUAUCUAUAAAUUAUCAUCGUAAUAAUUUUGGACUAAUUUAAAUAUUAGAAGGUCCUACAUCUUAAAGAAAUUGUUAUGUAUAUAGGAUGUUUGGUAGAGUAUCCGUCAAACCAAGUAGGCGUGUUUAGAGACCCAUUUGAAAAUACAAUGCUAAAAAACCUAAUUCUGCAUUUUUUAUGUUUUGUUUUACUUUUUUACAUCCAACUCUAACUUCUCCAAACACCUAAAUAUUAUGUACGUAUAUUUUAUAUGUAAAAUGUAAAUGUUGAUAAUGGGUAAUACAUGUAAGUGAAAUUAUGUGAAAUUCAGGAACAACGUGUUUAUGACAUACAAUAACUUUUAUCAUAAUGUAAUAUAAUAUUUUAUAUAAGGAAACACCAUAAGAAUAAAAUGAUAUUCCACCGUAAGCAUUUAU